CUGUAGCAAGGGGGAGAAUUCUAUCAAGAUGCAGGUCCACUGCACAAGGUUCAUUCAUGCAUGAAGAGAUUUGUUUCAAGACACACAGAAAACUGAACCAGUGCUGAUAUAUUUACUAGCCAGUCCUUCCCAGCAGUCAACCUGAGUUGCCAGUAGCAGCUACUGAAAGUAGCUUUUGUGCACUAUGAAGAAUUUUUCGUUUUCUAUGCAAGAUAAUACAUAUCAGACUGAAAGUCCUUUUCCUCGCCGAUUCCUGAGCAUGACAAAUAAGUCAGAUCCAGUUGGAAGACCAGAAAGAGACGAGCAAUUAGCUCAGGUAGAGAUUGCGGUGUUGGGAGUAAUAUUUAUAACAGCAUCUGUGGGCAAUUUUAUUCUCAUUUUGGUACUGUGGAGAAGAAGAAAGAAGUUGUCUAGGAUGUAUGUUUUCAUGCUUCACCUGAGCAUAGCGGAUUUAGUGGUAGCAUUUUUUCAAGUCCUUCCCCAAUUAAUUUGGGAUAUCACAGAUGUUUUCAUAGGGCCAGAUGUCUUGUGCAGAACUAUCAAAUAUUUGCAGCUUGUGGGCAUGUUUGCUUCCACUUAUAUGAUAGUGGUCAUGACAGUGGACAGAUACCAAGCAGUAUGCUACCCUAUGGUCACUUUCCAAAAGAAAAGAGCUCUUUGGAAUGCUCCCAUUUGCACCAGCUGGUCUGUAUCACUGCUCUUUAGCCUUCCACAGGUAUUUAUCUUUUCUAAGACUGAAAUAUCUCCAGGCAUAUUUGAAUGUUGGGGCGAAUUCAUCCAACCCUGGGGCUCAAGGGCAUAUGUAACUUGGAUUUUUGUGGCUAUUUUCUUCAUUCCCACAGCUAUCCUUAUCAUAUGUCAGGUUAAAAUCUGCAAAAUAAUCCAUAAGAAUAUACAUGUGAAAAAACAGAAUGAGUUUGAAAUAACAAAUCAGAAGCAAACCCUGUCAUCUCGAACCAGCAGUAUUAACUGUAUUUCAAAGGCUAUGAUCAAGACUGUAAAAAUAACAGUGGUGACAGUGGUUGCAUAUGUUCUGUGUUGGGCACCUUUCUUCAUUGCACAGUUGUGGUCAGUGUGGUUCCCAAGUGGUGUUACUGAAGGUCCGGUAUUUACCAUUAUCAUGCUCCUUGGGAAUUUAAAUAGCUGUGCCAAUCCAUGGAUUUACAUGUAUUUUUGUGGCCACAUUCCAUAUUGUGCAAAUAAGCAGCUGGAAAACAUCUCAGCUCAAGAAGAAUCUGUGAUCACAGGAAUCAUUAAUCUGGGAGACAAGGAGCCUGAAGAAAACAUUACUUCUGCAUAAAUAGCCACUGCUUUUUGUCUUCCUGGUACAUUUGCUGCAUUCAAAUCUUUUGUCAAAAUCUUAUCACUGUACUUUGUCUUCUGGGUAAUAGAAUAAGCUGAAAAAUUGUAAAUGUCCUUCACUAUACAGAUAUAUUUUCUUAAAUGCUGUAACAUACUUACCCCUACAAAAAGUUCCAGUUUUGUGGAAGUCAGACUGAACAGUUAUAUUGAAGUGAAUACACAUAACUGUCAAUAAUAUGUAGACAUCUUUAUAUGAUUCAUUUAUUUUUCUCACAUGAAUUGCUUUCCAUUCUCUAGGCUCUAGGCUGCUAGCUAGUACAUUUUUACAGUCGUGAUAUCAUUUGAAAGAAAUCAUAUAAUUAGGUUUGAAGGUGAGGGACUUAAAAUGAAGCAUGACUAGUUUAGAAUUCUAAUGACAUUAGGGAAAUAUUUGACAAAUCUUGAGGAGCAAACAAAAUUAGUGAAAUUUUUUGCCAGCUGUGACUUAUACCAAGUCUAAUUAAACACUUUGCAACAUGUAGAGAUUCUGAGCAGUUUCAUAUCAUGCUUUCUCAGUGCAAUGCUCUUGCCACAUUGGACACUUAUUCAUAUAUCAUCUUAGGUCACAAGAGCUCAUUAUGGUCAUGUUCCAGUAUAAAAAGAGUUGUUAUACCUAUUUCCAUAGAUUGGAUCCAUUCAUGAAGAGCACAAACACAUGUUUACUACAACUGUACUCUGGCCAUAUUGCAUAAAUUACACAAUAUGUGAAUUUUAGCCACAUGGAAAUUUUACAUCAUUUUUUGGCAGAAUACAUUCAUACUUGUAUGGCCAUUUAGCACUCAUCUGCCUUUACUGAAAAUGUAUCCUGGAUGAGGAGCUUGAUAAAGCAUUCCUAAACCAUUUAGCACUCUGUGGGUCCUGCAGUUUAAGCUUCUUGUACUUGCAUGAUAGAAAUAAGACUGCAGUAUCUUUGCCUGUAACUGCUGAUUGUUUGCUGCUAUACUUAUACUAAUAGGUAUUCUUUCUCCUUUGGCUGUUACCAGUCUAUUCAAAAGAACAUAGAAUGACUUAUUAGUGGAUCUGUCACAGAACAAGAUGGAAGUACACUGGCAGAGACCCUUUGGGGAUGAAUAUUUGCACAUCAUUGGUCUGGAUUAGGUUGAGCCCUAGUCAGUGUUACCAAUUCUUUAUUUUUAUAAAUUUUGACAUUCUCAAAUUCUUUAAAAAGGUUGAAAAAGUAGACUUUACUUUUGCUUUUCUACUAUAAUAGGAUGUACUGGAAGAAAUACUAUUAUGAUAUACACAUAUUUUAAAAGCUACUAGGUAUUUUAAGAGCCAAAAGUACUAGUAUUACAUUUUGCCUGAAUUCUGAGAAGUGCUUAUUUACACUGAGUGGGUUUUUAUUUUGUGUUAAUAUUAGCUAGUGUGAUUACAUUUUCCAUUAUUGACUAGUCUCCAGUAACUAUAAUGACUUAUUGCUUACCAUUAGCAGAGCUUAUAUUUUGGGGAUGCUGAUCCAGGAUUAAUCAUCUCUGAUGAAGGGAUGUCUUCUGUUUGGGGAAAAAUAGCUUGAACCAUGGACAGCUGUGGAGAAUGUGAUUGGGGAACUGAAAAGAGUAGCUAGAGUCAAAAUUCAUCACAUUACAGGCUAGUAACAAAUAAACAGAUGGAUACAAAAACAGAUAGCAGAUAUGAAAAGUGUUUAAUAGUUCCAAAUUCCUGCCCAUUUUUAGUUUGAAACUCAAAUUCGGUUAUUAAACCAAAAUAUGACAGAUUUUGCAUUAUUAUUUAGGAAUUAAAAUGGUUAUAUAUGAUUGAUUUCUAGGUUAGCAUUAGGUAGCAUUGAAUUCCAUGACUGAAGAGAUUUUGGCCCACAUAUUUAAGAUAUUUAUUCAUUUACUCAUGCCUGUGAAAGCAAAUUUGGUGUUUUGAAAGUCUAGCCUGGUAUUCUUUUUUUAUUCCUGAAUUCACCAAUUUUAAUGUAAACAAUAUUAUGUACACCUUGCAAGAUAGCUUAGAAGUGAAUUACUUGCCAGAUAGUAAAGGGACAGUGUUUUUAUGUGUCCCUCAGUGAGUUAAUAGAUAUUUAACUUGAAAUGAUUUAAUGCUUAGUGGCUCCAGAUUUUGACUUAUCCAAGAAAAAAAUCUGCACUUCAUCACAGAGAAGUACAAGCUUUCUGGCAAGCAAAGUCAUAAAAUGGACAUACUCAUAUUCAUGCAUCCAGUCCAUAUUCUAGUUUGGUGAAGGUGAUUCAUGAUCUUGAUCGUCAGAUGAGAAAACUGAUGUAGCCUCAGCUUCUGAGCUGGCAUGUGUUCAGCAACAACAACAAAGAAAAUGAACUAUCUGUUCAUAAAAAAGUAUGCUAGCAAACAAAAGCACAAGUAUCCUGUUUUUCUUUUAAAUAAAGGCAUGACUGCAGUUGUGACGCAUUUGCUGCAGAAGAGGACAUGGAAAGCUCCACUGUGGUAUUUUGGCUCUUAUUUUUUCUAUUUGCAUAGACAGUAGUUUAACUGAAUAAUUUCAGGCAAAAAAAACCCUAUCGCAUUUACUCAAAUAGAAGAUGACUCCAAUUAUAAGAUGCCCGCCCCUCAAUAAUUAGAUUCUAUACUUGGAAGAUUAUAACAGAUUUAUAUUUUUUUCAUAUAUGGAAUCUAAUUAUUGAAGGUUUCCCUUGAAUUUAUCCCUUUCCCAUUGCUACAGCAGAGAAAAUAAAUAUGGGGAAGUCUUCAUAUAUACUAUUAUAUGAUUUAAUACAAGUAUGAAAGAUUUAUUUAAAUAUGUUGAGUGACUAUAAAAAAAAUCACAAUAUGAUAGAAUAGUGUUAUUUUUCCCUCCUUUCUUUGAGUUUGUGUUUUUAGCAUUAUAUACUUCUGUACUGUUGUUACUUAAAUGUUGAGUUAUUGAUAUUGAGGACUGGAAAGUCAGAAUUUAAACACCUCUGAGAAACACAUUCCUGCUCUUGACACUGACUGAAGGUAACCUGAAAUAUCUGGGAGAUUUAAUGAUAAAGAUGUCAUUCUUAAUACAUAGGCUCGAAGAUUUAUCUAGAUGUUUCAUACUGUGACUGGAAUAAAACUGUGAAGCUGACUUCAGUUGGAUAUUCAGAGGCACAAACCCAGGGGUGGAUCCAAAGGGAGUGCAGUGGUACAGGUGCCUUUUGGACUGGAGCACAUCACAGGAGCCUCUGGGGACUUCUUUAAAGUCCCCAAAACAGGUGAGAAUCCCCCCUGCCUUUCCCUCAGUGUUCAGAGGCACAUCCCCUCUUCUCCCCUUCCCCUACAUCCCCUGCCUGCUGCUGCUUUCCCCUCUGUCCUGGGGGUGGUGGAAGCUUCAGAGCCACUCCUGCUCUUUCCAGCUGGGCUGUGUGGGGACUGGGCUUAGCUAGGGCAUUGACAGUGGCAGCAGCAGCAGUCUCCUGGGGGGACUGAGCAGUAUGAGGGAACCCAGUCUCUGCCCAUUGCUGCUGCUACUGUUGUUCCAGCCGAACCUAGGCCCUGUGCAGCCUGGCUGUAGUGGACAAGAGUAGCUCUGAAGCUUUCUCCACCCCCAAGCAGGGAAAGCAGCAACAGUGGGAGGGGGAAGAGAGGGGUGAGAAUGUGCCUCUGAGCACAGAGGGAAAGAGAGGGGGGAAUUUUCACCGGCUUUGGGAACUUUAAAAUGUCCCUGGACACCCCUGCAGCGUGGUCUGCCCACAACAGUAGGAGGAGGAGGAGGCUGGGAGAGGGGGAACGUAGCCACCUCCCCAGCCUCCUUUGCCAAAUCCUGAAUCUGCCCCUACGGGGAACACCGGAGGGGCACCCUGCUGUUGCUGUCCCCUGCUGAGCCCAGCUCUGGAGCUCUCCUGUUUGCCCAGAUCAGCCAGGGACAGCAUCAGUAGUGGGCAGGGGAAGGGAUCAAUGGAAGUGGAAGAUAUGUGUUGCUGAGCACAGAGGGGAAGGAAGGGGAUACUAAGAACGGGGCAAUAUGAUUCUUACCUGUUUUGAGGACUUGUGAAAAAGUUCCUGUCUGCUGCUCCCACAGCAUGGUCCAAAGAGGUGGUAUAUCCCUGCCACUGCACCCCUUGUGGAUUUGCUGUGUGCAUGCAUGUGCAUGUGUGUGUGCGUGCUUGCAUGCAUGUGUAUCUUUUAAAAGCAUAAUACUUGGUUUGGGUAAAUGAUGUUUGGUGCCCCUUGUAGCUGAAAAUCCAGCACCAAAACACAGUGCAAAAAAAAUUGCUAUCCACUCAUGACACCCCAAUAUCAUUCCCACUGACAUCACCCAUGUUUAAAGUUGCCUCUUGCAAAUGUAAAUAGUUACAACACUUGCUGUAUCACUUGAAAAUGCAUAUCUUUUACAUGCUUUAUUGUCUUUGAGGACACUACUUCUCCAGAGAAUUUCUGCUUGGACUGUUUUAAACCAUUGUUUUCAAAUAUCUAAAUGCAUAACAAAUACACAAAUCAGAUAAACAGGAAAGAAUCAGAACCAUUGUUACAGGCCAAAAGGAUAAUGGUGUUUUCAUUUGCUUUGCCAGUUUUCAUGUUUUCUGUGUAAGUGACUGGCAUAUUCACAGGUACUCUUCAUAAUAAACAAAUACACUUAAGGAA